UUUGAAUGUCUUUCAUAAAUGCCCAUUUAUUUACUAGCUUAAAUAAAAUACAUGAUUUAUAUUUUAUAACAAACAGAUAAAUUAGCACCAGUGAUUUACAUUUGUCUAUAAUUGUUUAUUUUAGCUCCAACAGUCAUAAGAGCAAAAGAUGAUUUGUUUGACUUUAGUUAAGUAUUUUCAUAUAUAUUUUGGAUAUCUGUCGUUUUCACUUUAGUUUCCUAUUUCAUCACUCACUGCGCUGAUCCAGGAUAUGUACCACUUGAACUCAUUUCUCUUACUGAAAAUAGUCAAAGUAGCAGAAUAUAACAGAAUGGAAGAAGAUCUUUUAUUUCUUAGCUCUUUAAAGGUAAAAGCAAUGCAAACUUUAUGAAUGAAGGUGCAGACACUAAUAAGAUAAAUAACAGUCAUCAUUUUAAAAUGGAUUUCAAACACACUCAGAAUGAAGAUGAAGAGGCUAAAAAUAGGAAAUAACAAAAGUAUUUAAAAAAUGUGAUUAAAUCUAAGAAAAAUAACUUUGUAGAGUUCAAAGAUGAGGAGGACCAUGAAGGAGAAGAGCAAAAUCGCAACCAUAUUAAUAUGGAUAAUAUGCGAGAUGAAAAAACUCCUCCUAAAUAGGAUGAAUUACAUAAUACUCCUAAUAAAGAAUAAAAUGAAGAAGGAAACAACAAUCUUGAAAAUUACAUUCCAGAGUGCGAACUUACCAUGGAAAUUGAGGAAAAUAAAUAAAAGAGUGUUUAAAAAUCUUUUAAAUUUGAAGAUUCUUGUUAGAGUGGAGAAAAGCAAGAUUUUGUAGUUGGAUUAGAUAAUAUUUAAGUGAAAGUGGCUGCAUUUUCUCCUUGUCUAAGUAGAAACAGAAGUUUUGAAAAAGCAAAUUAAAAUGAUUAAUAGCUUCCAACUAUUGAGGAGAAGGUAGCAUCUAUACAAGUUAUUGGUUAAGAAUUAAUCUAAUAAGAUUAACAAAAAGAAUUAAAUCCUCCAACAUAAUUACCUAAUUGCAGAAAGCACUAAUCAGAGAAGCAGAUUUCUUUACCUAACAGCGAUUUUCAUACAUCAAAUAUGUUUAGCUCUAAUAGUGAAAAAUAUAUCUCUAAAGAAACUACUACUCAAAUAGAAGACGGUAGUACUAAAUUUACUUGCAAAACCACAACUCAAGAGCAAUUCACCACCCAAAACCUGGAAAAAAGAACAUCUCCCUUUCACCCUUUCUAGCAAAGUGAGGAAGCUGAAGACAUUUAAUCUCCAAUUUCAAACUAAAAUUAGGAUAACCAAAACAACCAAUUGCAAUAGGAGAACAAAGUAGAACCUUUCUAAUACGAAGUUCAUCAUACCGAUGAAGUUGUGUAAAAAAAUGACCAUGAAAAAAACUACAUUUUUGAUAAAGAAUAAAAGAACUCAAAUGGAGACCACAUAUUUACUGAUAAUGACAAUGAAGAAAAAAGUCAAAGAAAAAUGAAAAUUCAAACUCCUGUUAGCCAAAUAGUCUUUACAAAUAAUACAGUUAAUAAUCCUAGUAGCAUGUUUUAAUUUAAUAUUAACAAUCUAUAAUGCGAAAAACACAAAUUCAAACAACAAAAUUAAGGAGACUAAGAGUCUUAUAAAGACUAAUGGGUUAAUAAAGGCAAACAUUUAAGCAAAAGUGGUGACAUUGAGAAUCAUAGUAAUUAACUUAAAACAUUCAAUCCUGUAAAUAUUAGCAAAAAUAUGAAAAUAAAUGGCUAAAUCAAUUAAAACUAAAUGCCUUUUGUUGAAAAGAGAUACUGUACUUCGUGUUAUAUAAAUAUGCCUUUGAGGGCUAAGCAUUGUAAAGAUUGCAAAAGGUGUGUAGCUAGGUUUGAUCAUCACUGUCCCUAUGUAGGAAAUUGCAUAGGAGAAAAAAACAAAUGCGUUUUCUACUGGUUUUUGAUUCUUUAACUUAUUGAAUUGCUAGUAGGAUUUAUAGAGGUUCUAAAAUAUAAUGAAUUUGACUAAUCUGAUAAACUUGCUUACAAUAUCUAUACUAUAUUUUGCUUUAUCAUAAUUGCAUUCUUCUUUAUUUUUGUCCUAUUGCUGUUUGUUUAUCACAGCUACUUUGGCUCACUCAAUAUUACAACAUGGGAGUAUGCUAGUUGGGAAAAAAUAAGCUACUUGUAAGACAUUCCUUAUGGAUUUGGUUCCCCAUUUUCAAUGGGGCUAGCUAAAAAUUGCAGAUCAUUUUGCACUUUUAGGUUAUUCUAAAAAGAAGUUACUGAUCCCUAGUAUGUAAGAUAUCCUCAAAAUUUAAUUGAACUAUAAAAUUUAAGACAUGACAAAGAAGCUUAGUUGUAGAAUGAAAACUACUUUGAUCUUUAAAGUGCUAAAAUAGAUAAUAAUAAGCAAUAAAAAAAUAACACUGAUUGA